AUGGAGGAAGCAGAAAGCUUAAAGCUAGGACAAGAUAAUGACAUCUGCCUGCCUGUGGGAUUCACCGGGCCAGUCUUCCAGGCAAGUUACUCCCAUCCGAACCUUCAGAAUAUUCAACCUCCUCAAGUUUCUCCUCAAAUACAAGAUUUUCAAAGGCUUAUCAACAAUCUCCCCACAAAUUCACAUACUGAUGUGCCCAACUAUAACUUACAGUUGUCAAAUGUAAGUAAUGAAAAUAAUCAAGGCAUAAUUGAUCAUCCCCAACAAACUGUUUCAAUCUGUAGUCCCUUACAUCUCAGUUGUGCACAAACUAUAGCAGAUGAAAUGUCAGUGAGUACAAUAAACAGCUCUAUUCAGAUGAUGCCAGUAGGAGAGGCCCAGGCAGAAGAUCAAUCCUGCAACAAACGGAAAAUUAUUAGGAAACCACAAAUAGCGAAAAGAGUGCCAAUUCGAAAAGCACCACAUAUUUUUCCAGAUCCAGCACCUGAGAGGAAAAGAACAGCCCCCAUUAACCCUGCAUACACAAUUCGAAAGUCACGGAUUGCUAAUAGUGUCCAAAUGCGGCCAUAUAGGGAAAGGGUAAUUCACUUAUUGGCACUGAAGGACUACAAGAAAUCCGAGCUGCUUAUUAGACUGCAGAAAGAUGGCAUUGAAAAAAGUGACAAGAAUUCCCUUGGAAAUAUUCUUUACCAGGUAGCUGACUUAAAUACCCAGAAUUUUUCAUAUUCCUUAAAGAAUUGCAUUUAUAGAGAGAUCCAGAGAGAUUGGCCUGGAUAUAGUGAACUAGAUAAGCAAUCAUUGGAUUUGGUACUUUCUACAAAAAUGGAUUCAUUUCAGAAUGCUACUGACACCCAUCACCCAGAAUCUUCUAUAGAUUCUAUUAAAGAUGGCACAUCAUCUUCUCAAACUAAGCUUUUAAAGUUGGAUGGUACUGAUUAUUUAAUGAAAAGAGGGCCUAGAAUAUCUCACCUGACAACUUCAGCACAGCCAAGAUCAAAUAACUACUUGACUAAUAACCAGGAAAAAUCCUCUGUAACUCCAGCCAAACAGAGCUGCCCAGCAUUUUCUACAACCUACCCAUCCAUUUCAAAUACUUCUUUGCCUGUAAAUUCCAACAGUAAUUCCUGUAGCAAUCCACAAAGAUGUGGAACUCAAGAUCCAUAUAUGGGCAGUGUCAGUCAAGAUACUAUUAUCUUUCCAAGCCAACCUAAAGAGCAUACUUCUUUGGAAAACUUAGCUUCUAUCUCAUUUCAAAUGUAUCCAAAGCUGGGGGAGAAGAAAAAUUUGGUAUCUGAUGAGAAGUUUAAACAUAAAGCAAAAAAACAAAGUUGUAAUACUGACAUGACAGAGAAGAAGACAAGUUCUAAAAACCAAGAUAAAGUUACAAACGCAAAUUCUAGCAAAGCAUUUCAAAAAGAAAGUUCUACCUCUGAGAAUACCUAUUCAGCAUCUGGACUUGAGGAUUAUUUGACUAAAUAUCACACUAUAGUUUCUCCAGAGCAACGUUGGCAUUAUGAACAGGAAUUUAGAGUAGAUUAUGAUGAAUAUCAGACAUUGUAUGCCAAGAUGCUGAACUUAUCUAAAGUUUUUAUUAGCUUAGAAUCAGAAAGGAAGCUGGUAUCUCCAAACUCAAAAGAGUAUCACAAUAUAAAUCAAAGAAUCUCACUAGAAUAUCAGCAGAUGAGACAGCUUAACCCUAAUUUUGCUGCAGAAAAAUGUAGAUGUGUAUAUCUUUACAACAAGCUGGUUCAUAUUAAAAAAUUAAUAAAUGAUUUUGACCAGCAGCAAGCAACAUCAAAGCACUAA